GUGGGUUUGUAGACCAGUGUACCGGUAGAUGAUGCUCGUCUGCAAGACGUACAGUCAGAAACUUAUAGAAACUCGUCGAUGAAAGACGAACAGUGUGCGCCUCUUAUAAUUCUCAUCACCGUUUAAUUAAAUCACCCGCUAAUUUCAAAUAAUUCUAAUAAAUAAAUAAAACCGUCAGCUUGAGUCAUAAAAUUCAAAAAUUACGGAAAUGAUAAUUUAUUUUUGUUUAUUUGUUAAUCAUUCGGACGCGGUAAUCGCGGAGAAUGCAAGUGAUUUUAUAUUAUUUAGUAAGAAUAAAAAAACUAAAUUACGUUGAUAUUAAAAGAUAUAUAUUUGUAGCGACAAUUUAAAAAUACAAAAAUUAAUUUUCCCGGUUUUCGAUUUUUGACUUCGGACAAAUAAACCAGACUACUGCUUUAUCGACGUUUUUAGUCUCGUGUGCGAUUAAUAAAUGCCUAUCGGGGAUGACCCUCUUGUAAAUUUAGUAAGUUUGUGUUUUGGUUAGUGCAGUAAAAUAGAGAAAAAAGAGAUUAUUCGAGACAGAGAGAGAGAAAUAGAAGCAGUUAGAUUUCAGAGCGUGGAGGAGAGCAUCACAGAUCGUGGUGUGUCGGUUCGAGGUAUCGCCGCGUGAAUAAAAUACCGGGAGAUCACUUAACCCGACGUGUUUCCGCGAGGAUAAGUGGCCAAAAUUUAUAAAAUUGUUGUUAAAAAUCAAUACUUAAAUUUUAUUAUCCUUUGGUUUUUUUCGUUCGUUAAAUUUCCACGUGAGUGCUGGAUUUUAACCUUAAAAAUAAAAGUUUUAUAAAUAUUAUUGCGUACGAGUUUGCUAAAAACGGAGUGUAGGAGUUACGUGAUUUCAAGUGACGACGGUUUUAUUAUAUACAAAUAAUAUAUAUUUAUAAUAAAUAGUACGUGUAUAAAUAAAUAUACACGUACAGAAUAAAACGGAGCGAUGGGUGACGCGGUGAUUAAAAUGUUUAUGGGAAUUCGCGUAACCGAUCCCAUGGUUAUGGGGACUUUUUUCCUGGGUGCUGCUAUUGUUUUAAUUGGAUUUAUCAUCGGACGACGUUCUAGGACUUGCGAGAAUACAAAUGAGCCAAAAUCUGAUGAAAAAAUUCAAGAACCUGAAAUCCAGAAAUCAAUCAACACCAACAACGAACGGAAUAUCGGUGGUCAUAAACGUGCGAAGAAUAAAAAACGUCGUGAAGCUCAGCAAGAGUUCACUCAUUCCUGGGUAGUUGGUACUCUCAAGGGCCAUACUGGACCAGUUUUGGACAUAAACUUCUCCAGUGACGACAAAUUUCUCGCUAGCUGUGCUGAAGAUUGCAGCCUGUUGCCGAAGGAUACGCUGAAGGACAACGCGGACGAAGUGAUAAAUAGUUCCAGAAAAUCAUCACCGUCAGUCAUUCAUUGCGGCAAGAAGACCAGCAAGAAGACCGGCAAGAAAGACACUACAACAUCCAGGAAAAAGAACUCCAGUCGUGUCAAUAAACCUGCAAUGAUUAGAAGUUGUAGUAGCGGUGGCAGUAGCAUCAGAAGCAGCAACAGCAACAGCAUCAGCAGUAAUAGCAGCAGUAGCAGCAUGGAGUCUGUUUCUUCAAUAAAUGAUCAGACUGUAUUGAGUCGCAGACAGAAAAAAAACCGACGUGCAUCUGGCGAUCCAGAUCUCGUGGUUUAUAAUCGUAAUCUUCAUCAUAAUGUCAAUUGUCUGAAUCUACCGCUCCAUCAUUAUCCGAUUCAAUAUACUCCAAGGUUUGUGGAUGAUUUUCCGCCACUGAUAAUGUCGCCAUAUGAGAUCCAAAAUCAGGAACUCAUACAUCAAACAAUCCCGAAUCACAUAAACAACAGCUUUUACGGAACCACUACAGCAAACAGAUUGAAUUUCAUUCCUUUAAGCAAGCCAGUUUCCAAUACUUAUGCGAAAACUUAUCAAAUUGUAGGUAAUUCAAUGAAUACAGUUCAGUACUGUAAAUAUUUCGAGUGUUUGAAGUACAUGAGUCACUCUACAUUGAUAUUUAAAUUAAAAACUUUGACACACCCGACACAUUAUUUACAAUGUCUGGGUUAUUUGUAUAAAAAUGACCUCAAAAGUACUGGUGUUUCUUUUUUAUAUACACCUCACCAAGAAUUAAUACAAUACUUUUAUGGUCAUGCCGAAGAAGAAAGAGAAAAAUUCUAUUAUAGGCGGCGAAAAUGUUUGAACGUAAACGCAAAAAUUUUCAUCCCUAACAGUUUGAAUCACAAACCAAAAAGUGCCACAGGCAUUAGUAAUUCUGUCGAGAGUUCGGAUUUGGAGUCAGAGUGUUCUUCAGACAGUGAAAAAAGUGAAUCUUCGGCUUCAUAUUUGCUGUACUCUGAUGGAAAAGUCGACCCCAUGCUGCUGAUUCUGAGUUAUUUGGACGCAGUCGACAGAAAUAGAAAAAAUACUGCCGAACGCGAAUGUGUAAGAUGUUCCAAAAAAUUCUCCAUUGAUCUAUCAACUGGUGAAUACAAUUCAAAGGAAAAGUGUAGAUAUCAUUGCAAUAGUGAAAUGGACUUAUCCCCGAUAAAUAACAGCAAAGUGCGUAAAUGCUGUCGAAAACCAAGAGAUUCGAAAGGAUGCAUUGAAGCUGAUUUUCAUAUUUGGAGUGGAGUUGAACCAGGCGUCAACGGUCCAUUUCACGGGUACAUGACUACACAACCUUUGAAAUCUUCAGGCAGUAAUAGAAGAAUGUUUGACGUGGUUGCUUUGGACUGUGAAAUGUGCAUCACAAGUAAUGGUUUUGAACCCACAAGACUUACAGUGGUACAAUUAGACGGUUCAACAAUCUACGACGCGUUCAUCAAGCCGGACCACGAAAUAAUUGAUUAUAAUACCCAAUUUUCGGGUAUUCGCGCAGAAGAUCUUCAAGGCGCUAGAACACUGCAUGACGUUCACCGAGAUCUGCAAACAUUCAUCCAUGCAGAUACAAUUAUAAUUGGACAUGGCUUGGAAAACGAUCUCAGAAAGUUGAAAAUCUUGCAUGAAACCGUACUUGAUACUGCAUUUAUAUAUCCGCACAGGUAUGGGUUUCCAAAUAAAACCAAGUUGAAGAUUUUAGCAGAAACUGAAUUGCACCGAACGAUACAAAGCGCCGAACAUUGCGCCCACGAAGACGCGCAAGCGGCAAUGGAUUUGGCACUUAACAAAGUUCUCGAAGACGUGGGAAAACGAAAAUAAAUAAUUUAAUUAAAGACUUAAUAUUAGUGUGUGUACAAGUUAAGUGAAAUCUGUGAUACAUUUAUAUGUAUGUAUACUAAAAGUGAUGUUUACAUUGCCCACCUUUACUUAUAUAUACUUGUCUUCAUAUUGAUGGAGACAUUGUAAGCAAGUGUUAUUUUAUGUCAUUUUAAAUUCAACUAUUCACAGUAUUCCAUAACUAACAAAAUUAUUUUCAUUUGUUUACUGCGUAUUAGAUACUCAUUUUAUUUGUCAUCUAUCACUUGUCACUCAUCAGAGACUUUUGGAUGUUUAAUGAUAUUAGUAUUGAUGAGAGGUAUUGUAUGUAAAUAAUUGUAUAUAAAUGUAUGACUGUUGCGUGAAUGUGGUGAUAAAUUUAAAUGUGAUUUUCAAUUUGUACAAAUUUAUCAUCUUAAUAAUCAUUAUUCGCUCUAGGAUUAUAUUAUUUUUCACUCAUUCUUAUCGGCAGCAUAAUGUAUUUAUUUAAAUAAUUUAAAACUAAACCGUAUAAAUCACCACACAUCAAUUCAUCGAAUAUAAAAUAUUCGAGUUUAUUUUUUCUACUGAUAUACGGAAGUAUUUUUCUCUUUAUCUCAAAACAAUUGUUUUUUUUUUCAAUUCAAACGGCUGUGCGCUUCCAUGAAUCUCAUGUUGCGAUUAUUUAAUUGAAAGGUGAUUUAAAUGAAGAAAAAAAUUUAAGAAAAAAGUGUCUUAAAAAUAUAUGACGUAUUGAUUUAUCUUUUUAUUGUUUUGUCUUCCGUUGGAUUACUCCUGCUUUGACAAAAAGACUUGUUACUUAUAAGUUUAAGUACUAGGCUAUUAUUUAUUUUUUCAUUGUUUUUAAAUUAUUGUGUACAAGAUCACGCAUAAACUUGACCGCAAUAUUUAAAAAUUAUCGCGCUACAAUAAUUAAGAUAUUAUCAAGUGUAGAUAAUUAAUGAACGGUCUAUAUUGAUAUUGAAAGUAAUGGUUCUUAAUUACAUAUUUUUUAAUUAAAACAACACACUUUCACGUUCCACGGAAAAGAAUUUUUUAAAUUUAUCAUUUCAUAAAUUUCAGUCAUCGUAAUUUAUUAAAAAUACCUCGGUUUAUAUAUUUUGUAUAUACAAACGAAUGUUGCGUUAAAAAUUUAAAAAAUUUUUAAGUCAAAGAUAAAUCAAUACAAAACGAUAUUAAUUAGUUGUAUUACGUAUAAAACUGUACAUAUAAAUCGCUAAGUUAUUAAUGUAAGA